UUUGUUCAUUUGUAACAACACCAUAAAAACAAAAUUUAUCACAAAAAACGUUUUAUACACCAUACAUUUUAACCUGUAAUUAUAAUUUUUAUUUUGUUUAUUGUGCUCGUAGCUUAAUUAUGAGUUAUAAAAAUUUACUCAUAUUUUUUUAAUGUGCAUGAGCUCUGAAAAUUGCCUAUAUACAUACACUAUAUUCGAGUAAAUGCAGAUGCAUGUAUUAUAUACGGACAAGAUAUUUUCACUGUGUUAAGUAUUUGAAAAGUAUUUAAUAAAAGAAACAAUGGAAGAGCUAAAUAAAUAUUUGGCUACUAUAAGAAUAGCUGGUCCUGAAGAUAAAGUAUACAAAGAUGAAUGUGUUUAUUCUUUUGAUACACCGCUAUCAACAUUUGGAUUAUAUGUCAGUCUAACCAGUUUUCAUGGAUUAGGUCGAGAUCAUCUUGAACGUUAUUAUCAAAAAACUGGACAUCAUGUAUAUUUAAAUAUAAAACGAACUCGUAAGAUUAUUUCUGAUCCAACUGACGGACCAGCAAAAAAAAUUACUCGAUUAGCAAUUGGUGAACCAGGAGGAUUUAUUCCAGAAGAAAAGAAAUAUAGUGUCGAAGAAGUCUAUCAAAUUGUUAUUUUGCCAAGUUUUACCGUCAUUCAAUAUCCAUGCUCAGAUAUAGAUGAGAAGGUCAAAGCAUCAGUGACAUCAAUAUUGAAUGCUGAAUCUGCUACAAAAAUGGCUGAAAAAGAAGCAUUGAGUGGUACUUGGGACGGUGAAGCUAGAGUAGUAUCAAAACAUGCCGCGAAUCUUCUACAAUUAAACAACUCCCGAAAAAUUCCACCAAAUGGUUGGAAAUGUGAUAAAUGUGAUCUUACUCAGAAUUUGUGGCUAAAUUUAUCCGAUGGUUCCAUAUUAUGUGGGCGUAAAUUCUACGAUGGUUCUGGUGGCAAUGAUCAUGCUGUCCAACAUUAUCAAGCAACUGGUUUUCCACUGGCAGUAAAAUUAGGAACAAUCACAAAAGAAGGAAAGGGUGAUGUGUAUUCUUAUGAUGAAGAUGAUAUGGUAGAAGAUCCUCAUCUCAUAGAACAUUUGGCUCAUUGGGGAAUUAACAUUGCACAGCUAGAAAAAACAGAAAAAUCAAUGUCAGAAUUAGAAUUGGAUUUGAAUCAAAAGUUUGGUGAAUGGGUGGCUCUUCAGGAAGCUGCCAGUAAAUUAACACCAGUUUAUGGUCCCGGAUAUACUGGAUUAACAAAUCUAGGAAAUUCAUGUUAUCUGAAUAGUAUAAUGCAGACCAUUUUUAUCAUUCCAGAUUUCAUUCGUAGAUUUGUUGAUCCAGCAUUGGAUAUUUUUGAUGCAAAUGUCAUCGAUCCAGCCAAUGAUUUUGAAGUGCAAAUGGCCAAAUUAGGAGUUGGUUUACUUUCGGGUAAAUAUUCAGUAGCUCCAGAUUCAGAAACUGCAAAUGAAGGGCGUCAAGGAAUUGCUCCAAGAAUGUUUAAAACUUUGAUUGGUCGCGGCCAUCCCGGAUUUUCGUCUAAUCGGCAACAAGAUGCUCAGGAAUUUUUUUUGCAUUUAUUAAACCUGUUAGAAAGAUCUAGUCGCCAAAAAUCGAAUCCUGCUGACUGUUUUAAAUUUAAAAUUGAAGAAAGAUAUGAAUGUGAAAGUUCUGGAAAUGUUAAAUAUUCAUAUCGUCCAGAAUAUCUUCUACCUAUGCCUAUUCCUUUAGAGGAAGCUGUUAACAAGGACGAAGUUGCUGCACAUGAAGCAGAGAAAAAAGAAGCCGAAAUUAAUGGUCGAAAAAUAGAUUCAAGUGUUAUUGUAAGACCUAGAAUUAAAUUUUCUUCAUGCCUUGAAACUAUUUCUCAAAUGGAAACUAUUGAGCAAUUUUAUAGCACUGCAAUUAAUAGUAAAACUAAUGCAAAAAAGAUUACAAGAUUAGCAACUUUUCCUGACUACCUUUUAAUUCAUCUAAAAAAAUUCACAGUUAACGAUGACUGGACUAUGGUCAAAUUGGAUGUUGCUGUUGAAAUGCCUGAUGAAUUAGAUUUGAGUUCUCUGCGUGGUACUGGUUUACAAGCGAAUGAAAAAUUAUUACCAGAAGUUUCAUCUGAGAUUCCAACACCUGUUUAUAAUCCGAUCUUGUAUAGUCAGCUUGUUGACAUGGGAUUCCCAGUAGAAGCUUGCAAAAGAGCUUUGUAUUUCACAGAAAAUCGAGGACUUGAAGCCGCGACACAUUGGCUAUUAGAACAUGUUAUGGAUUCAGACUUUUCAGAACCUUUUAUUCCACCAGGUGUUGCUGAUAAUUCUGAUAAUACUCAGUAUAAACCGAAUAUCGAGGAUCUUAAGUGUUUACUGGGCUUUGGUUUUACUGAAAGUGAAGCAACAAAAGCUUUGAAAGCAACGGAUAAUAAUGUUGAACGAGCAGUUGAUUGGAUUAUAAGUCACCAACAUGAGCUUGAUUCUGUUGAUAUGGCAGAAAGUCAUAAAAAACCAGAAGAGGAGUUUAGAGAUGGAAAUACUAAUUACAAACUUGUAGGCUUCAUUUCGCACAUGGGUACUUCGCCAAUGGUUGGUCAUUACGUAUGUCAUUUACUUAAAGACAAUCGAUGGGUUAUAUUUAAUGAUGAAAAGGUUGCACUAUCAGAAAAUCCUCCAAAAGAACUGGGAUAUAUAUACGUUUAUCAACGUAUAACUUCGUAGUUAAUACUAAAAUAACACUUUUGUAUGAAUAGUAUAAUAUAAUGAAUACAAAUUUUUGAUUAAAAAUUA